AUGGGGCAACAGCCCACGUACCCCCCGCGGUUGGUGGGGGUGAAAAAAGCGCACUGCGCAAGAACCACCCUCCAAGAAAAAAACAUGCGCACCCUCCGGGCCCUAAUGUUCAAAAACCUCCUCAAAGAAAAAUGGGCCCCCGAAGAUGACGGCGACGGGAAGGAGAACUGCCUAGCGGAGGCGGACAAGGAUACGAUCAAGGCCAACAUCGUGCCGCUCAUGUGCAGGGCGCCGCCGGAGGUCCAGCGCCAGUUUGCGGAGGCCCUGACGAUCAUCAGCAAAGUCGACUUCCCAGCACGCUGGGCGAACCUCAUCGAGGACCUGGUCCGCCUCAUGAAGACUUCCGGCCAGGACUACCACUCUCUGAACGGAGCUCUGCUGUCGGCCAACUCGGUUCUCAAGCGCUACCGCUACACGUUCAAGAGCGACGCCCUGUUCAACGAGCUCAAGCACAUCGUUCUUCCGCACAUGGCGGAGCCCCUCCUGGUGCUGUUCAAGCAGACGUUCGUUGCCGUUGAGCAGUACAAGAGCAACAAGGAGGUCCUGGUGCAGGUGCUGGAGGCCGUUCGCCUCAUCAUGCGCAUUUUCUUCAGCCUCAACUGGCAGGACUUGCCGGAGGUGUUUGAGAACGACAUGGCCCCGUGGAUGGAGGGUUUCCACACUUACCUGGAGGCGUACUCGAACCCUCUGCUCGACCAGCCGGAAGGAAGCGAGGCGCCCGGCCCCAUCGAGCGCGUGCAGGCGGCCAUCGUAGAGAACAUCCGUCUCUACACGGACAAGUACGACGAGGAAUUCGACCCGCACCUCAAGUCCUUCACGCAGGGGGUGUGGGGGUUGCUCAUGAAGGUGUCUGCCGGCAAGCACCACGACAUCGUCGCCACGACCUGCAUCAAGUUCCUGACGCUGGUGGUGGGAAAGCAGAUCCACAAGGACCUGUUCGGGUCGGAGGCGACGCUGACGGAGAUAAUUCAGAAGAUCGCCAUCCCCAACAUCACCAUGCGGGCCGCGGACGAGGAGCUGUUCGAGUUCAACCCCGACGACUACAUCUCCGGAGACAUGGACGGCGGGGACAACGAGACGAGGCGGAGAGGCGCGUGCGACCUCCUGAGGAGCAUGUGCAAGCACUACGAGGAGCCCACCACUCGCAUCUGCUCGGUCUUCGUCACGGGCAUGUACCAGGAGUACAGCGUCAACCGAGAGGCCAACUGGCGGUCCAAGGAUGCCGCGUUACAACUCGUGCUGGCGCUCUCGGUGCGCGCCCAAAGCCAAGCUGGAGGGGUUUCUAAAACCAACGCGUACAUGAACGUCCUCGAUGCUUUCACGACGCACGUCUUGCCCGAGAUACAGGAUCCCGACGUGAACGCAAGGCCCAUCGUGCGGGCUGAUUGCAUCAAGUUCGUCCACACCUUCCGGAAUCAGUUCUCCGUGGAACAGCUCCUGGCUCUCAUGCCGAUGCUCAUCGCGCACCUCAAGUCGGAGCACACUGUGGUGUUGACCUACGCAGCCAUGACGAUCGAGCGCAUGCUGGCCGUCAAGGACAAGGUCCCGGGGCAACGACCCACCCUCCGCCUGCCGAAGGAAAGCCUCACCCCGUUCUUGGAAAGCCUGUUCACCGGCCUCUUCGCGGUGAUGGACCAGGAAGGCGAGAACGAUCACCUCAUGAAGGCGGUCAUGCGGGCACUUAGCUCCGCCCAGGAGAAGGUCCUCCCGAUCACACAGGUGGUCCUCACGAAGCUGAACGGCUACCUGGAGCGCGUGUGCAAGAACCCGUCGCGACCGCGGUACAACCACUUCCUCUUCGAGUCCGUCGCGGUCCUGGUGCAGCAGUGCCUCAAGAGCGACCCGAGCACCGCUACCAUGCUUGAGGGGACCCUCUUCCCCCCCUUCCAGCAGGUCCUGGCAAACGACGUGGUGGAGUUUAUGCCCUACGUGUUCCAGAUCUUCUCGCAGCUCUUGGAGCUCAGACCUGCCGGAGAAUUCAGCGCCGGGUACAAGGGACUCUUCGCCCCGCUGCUCUCGCCCUCGGUAUGGGAACGGAAGGGCAACAUCCCGGCGGUUACACGGCUGCUGCAGGCCUACCUUUGCAAGAACGCCGUAGCCGUGGUGGAGUGGGGGAGUCUGGCUGGGGUGCUGGGAACGUUCCAGAAGCUGCUCUCAACGAGGGCUAACGAGGCGUACGCCUUCCAGUUGUUGGGAACGAUCGUCGUGAACCUGGACAAGGUGCACCUAGAAAGAUAUCUCCACGAAAUCUUCCGCAUUUUGCUCCGGCGAUUGGUGAGCAACAGGACGGUCAAGUACGUGAGGUUUUUGACCAUCUUCCUGAGCACGUUCAUCGUCAAGUACGGCGUGUCGGCGUUCGAGACGUGUCUCCAGCAGCAGGAAGCUGGAAUCGCCGCUACGCGUCAAGUUGUCACUGUUUCGUACGGCAUGGGCACGGACGCGUGCUUCUGGCGGUGUGGGGACCGGUUGCACUGGCACGUAUUGUGGCGAUACUGA